AUGGCAAACCAAGCCCCAGGCAGUACUGCAGCUGGAGGUGGACGAGGUGUCUUCCGAUCUCAGCUGCAAAUUCAGGAAAGCCGCGAAGGACAUCAGGACGAGGUGAAAUGGCCGACUCUGGAGUCAGAAGACAGUGAGAGCCAGAGCUCUGCGUCUUCCAUCUUCCAGCAGGGCCGGGUUCCUAUCGGCUGGCUGGUGUCCGACAGCGGCUCUUCUGCUCACGACCGAUCGGAGCGGGCGUCUGGCGGCAAAGAUUCCCAAAACACGUCCAGCUCAUCGAGCGCAGAGCAGCAAGCCGCUCGUCUUGCAGGAGGACGAGUGCAAGACGUCCCUGACACGCUGAGUGGCAGAGGCAAGGGUCAACCUGUGCAGGCCGGCAAGACUGGGUACUCUUCCUCGUCCUGGUUUGCGACGACCUUCGAAGAGACCGAGAUUGAGGACCUGGCAGCUACGCAGGAAAAGAAGAGCUCAGCCCGUGGCUCCAGCUCUUCCUUCGGCGCGCUGACGGGCGCAGCCGUCGAAUUUGUUUCGGAGCAGUCGGGGAACUCGCAGCCGAAGGAGGAUGAAGAGAUCCCGGAAGAUGUGGAACAGCGCUGCAUGGACAUUCUGAUGAACCUUCCUCUGGAUGAUGAGGGCCGACUGACGUCUCUGGGCAGCCAGUCCCACAAGAGUGGAACCUGCAAGCCCUGUGCGUACUGGUUCAAGAGAGCCUGCAAGCAUGGUGUAGCUUGCUACAACUGCCACAUCGCCCACGAGGGGCAGAAGCCGAAGAGACUAAGGUCAACGAAGGCGAAGAUCCACAAGGACAUCGGCCUCUCCUUCGACGGAGAUGCCUUGAAUGCUUAG